CCUUCUGGAUACAUAACCUAAGUUUUUUCUCUCUUGCAACAAAAGUCAAUACAAGUUAAAAAUCGGUAUUAAAAUAUAAAAGUGCUUUAAAAAUUGCUACUUAAGAUAUGUUUGAAAAUUUGGAUUAAUUAAGGUUGUACUGCAUAAACUUCGUGCUUGAAGAAAAUACCUUUUUGAACUUGGACAAUGUAUUUAUUAAGUUUGUAAAAUUUUAAAUCAGCAUGAACCCAAAGUACUCGAAAACUUUAGUAAUUCUAGUGAUGAUAAUAAUACUUUACAAGGCUUUUACUUCGUAUAUAUUCCCAGGAAAGCCCCCAAUAGAGCAAAUAAUAAUUCGGGAUGAAUCGGGCAAAGAAACUGAAAAAGUAAAAAUAUCUGUUUAUUAUGAAGCUCUAUGUCCAGAUUCGAAAUUCUUUAUUAUCUAUCAACUUGUUCCUGUAUUCGAGAGGUUGAAGGAUUUUUUAAUUAUUGAUUUGGUUCCUUAUGGAAAAGCCCAGACUACUGUAGAUGAUAAUGGUAAUAUUGAAUUUAUUUGCCAACAUGAUCACGUGGAAUGCUAUGCAAACAAAAUACAUGCAUGUGUAAUUGAUCAAGUUGAGGAUGUAGAGAACCAACUUAAAUAUAUUGCGUGUAUGAUUACUGACAAUAUGGUACCUGAAGAUGCUGGCAAAAGGUGUGGACAUGAACACAACAUAGAUUUUGCACCUGUAAAUAAAUGUGCUACUGAACAAAAGGGUUCUAUACUCUUAAAGAAAUUUGGAGAAAGGACCCAUGAUCUCAGUCCCAGAGUGAAGUUUGUUCCGACAAUUGAAUUAAAUGAAAGUCAAACUUUUGAAUCACAAGCUUCCAUAUUAAAAGAUUUGUUAAGGGCAGUGUGUAAUGUGUAUCAAACCAAACCUGAAGUCUGCACGAAUUUGUAGAUACUUAAAAGGCAGCGACUGAAAUGACAUAUUUAUUUAAAUUAUUAAUCUAUUUGAGUAGAAAACUCAUUUUUAAAAUAUUUCUCUCUUUUAUUUUGUUACUAUUUGUUUUUGAAAUAGAAAUGAAGAAAUCAUGACAAGCAUAGCUUUCUUUAAUACUGGUCCUACAGGUAUAAAUUUCUGAUGUUUCAAGUAAUAAUCUUAAUUAUGCCAUAAUGGUGUGUUAGUGAAUUGAUCCAUUUAUUGGCAAAAUUUGUAUACACUAAGAUCUAAAUGCAUUUUUUUUUAAUAAAAUUUGUGGACAGUAAUUAUCUGUGGACAUCUAAUCUUAAUAUUACUUUUUUUUAAGCUUCUUUCAGAUUAUAUGACAAAAAAUUUACCUUUUCUAUACUUUUAGAUUAAAUAAUAAUUUAUACUAUUUCGUUCCUUUUCCGUAAGCUGAAACAUAUUGUUAAAAUAUUUUAUUUAUUAUAUAAAAAUGGCAUUUAUCUGUUAACAGUAAGCCUAUAAAAUUUAGUUCUCAUAUAAAUAAUUCUAGUUGUGAGUGUAUAGCAAAACUGUCUUAAAAUAUCAUCCUAUCAAAAAAUCAUUUAAUAUUUAUUAGAUAAGUAUUAAUGAGUAAUAUUUGAAGAAAAUUAGUAUUUCUUGUCUAAAAAACUUAUUUCAAUGGAAUUAUAAAUUCUUUUAGUCAUGUUAUAUUUAGAGCGUAUGAUACAAUAUUCUCAAGAAUGUGAUUUAGGAAUAUUCUACCAUGACAGCGAGUCUGCUAC